CUUCAGUGCGAGGAGAAAGAAGGCGGCGCAUUGGUUUCUCACUCCCCGGCACUCUGGCCUCCGGCGACUUCACCCAGCGAUCUCCCCGACGAUCUCCGCCGGCGGCAUCUGACGACUUUUCCUCCCCUCCCGAUUCAAUCGAUCUGAGGUGGGAAGGAAGGCAGACAAUGGAUGCUCUGGAGGUGAUUCCCCCACGGGAUGACCCCGAGAAGAAACCAUGCGCGGAUGUGUAUGGCGAGUCACAACACCAUUCCCUGACGACAUCGACGACAGGCAUGGAUGUUGUCUCCAAGGUGCUCGACGAUGACAACCUCCUCAGAGAGAUCAUCCUUUGUGUCGGCUUCCCGACCACCCUCGUCUGUGCCUCCCUCGUCUGCAAGUGUUGGUACCACCAUGCCUCCGACCGCAAGUUCCUCAGCCGUUUCCAUGAGGGCAACCCGUCCCACCUCCUAGGCUUCUACCUCGAGGACACCGAUGACCCAAGCGUGGCUGCACACUUCUUUCCGAUGCUGCCUCAACCUGCAGAGCUUGCCACUGUCAUCCGCAGUGCGAGAUUCAGCUUGGACCCCCACCGGAGUGAAAUGUCCGACAUGAUGGGCUGCCGGAAUGGCAACGUCCUCAUCAGCUUGUAUGACGGCAGAGAUUUUACAGUUGGAGUGCACAGCCCGUUGCACCCCGAGAGAGGUUUGGCGGUCCUCCCGCCAUUCCCAGAGUUGCAAAUUCAGGACGGCUAUUUCUGUGGUAUGAAUGAUCUCCUCCUCUCCAAAGAGGAAGGCGAUGGCUUGUCCUACAUUUAUGUGUUGGUGGAGUCUACAAUGGAGAGGACCAAAUCUAUGGUGCACAUAGAUGUGCUGCGAAAUGGUGACACUGUAUGGCGCAGACAUCUUGACCUGGCCACCGACCGAUUCCUUUGUCCGCGAUUUGAUCCAAAAGCUGUGCUCGCCGACGAUAAAAUCUAUAUAGCGAGUGCCCAGCGAGACAUUGUUGUCCUGGAUUUGAUGGGCUCAAGCAUCUCCACGAUUCUGCUCCCACAAGGGGUGGAGUAUGGUGAUAGAGACACCACGUUGGCACGGGCCAAUAAUGCUUCCGGUGUGUAUCUCAUCCAUGCCAAGAAGCUUGAACUUUGCAUUUGGCUCCACAAGGGGGGCAACUGGUUGCUGGUGCACAAUAUUUGUUUGCGUGAGAUGGUUGCUGGUUUGAAGAUGACAGGUUGCGAGGAUGAGAAUGAGGCUACUGCUCCUCUGCGGAUAAACCAUGUGGGGGAUUAUGACGAGUUUGUUUUCUUGGAGAUGAGUCGAUGCGCACUCCACCUGGAUAUCAAGUACAAGAAACUGCGUAAAGUGUAUGACGUGGAAGAAAAAGAUCGACAUUUGGGUGAUAUCCAUCCUUUCAUGAUGAUUUGGCCUCCCACAUUUCCUACACUCAAGAAUGAUUAUGGAAAUGCCAUAUGAAGGGGGAUAUCAUCAAGCUUUUGGAUGGCCGGCGACCAGGAAGAACAGGGAGCUGCAUUUCCUUAAUUGGUGGCAAUUCUAACCAUCUUUGUUAUAACUUGUAGCAGAUUAAUUAGAUGCUAUGUAACCGGAGCAGGUACUCCUAUCCUGUGUACCAUGACUGUUUGUGACCAAGAUUUUUGUUUCGUGCACGUGACUUCCUGCAUGCAUGUUUGGUUGCUAUCCCGCCUCGUAUCCACUUGUCUCAGUCUUGUGGUUGGUGUGCUUGAUUGCUAUGUAUGGUGUUUGCAGCAACUCAGUAGUAAGUAAAUUCAGUACUUUGAAACACUUCUGCAUCUCGUAGUUAGUUCGACACUUCGACUGAAUUGAACAAACUGCAAGUGGGAUUCACUUUAUUAGGAUUUGAUUCAUUGCUUGAUGUUUUUGAUGCGAGGUAGCAAGAAGGAAAACAAACAGGGAAGCUAGUUCCAUUCCUCUGUAGAGCUGGUCGAUCCCAUGUUUAUUCUAAUGCAAAAUUUUGUACUGGAUUAGGAGGUGCUCUUUUGCUAUAUUGUGUUGUGAGAACCAUGUCAUGUUCAUGCUCUGAAUUUUUUGUUUGUUAGAUAGCAAAAUUUUGGACUAGAUUAGGAGCGAUCUGCGUCUACUCAUCGUAGACGGCCGCAUGGAGCGAUGUGGUUUCAGCAGAGUUACAACCCGCCGCAAUGGAACCUCUGUAUACU